AUGAUUGCAAUGUCGCGUAGCACGGCUAAAACUAAUGGUGGAACAACAAGUAAACAACAACAGCAACAACAACAACAAUCUCUACAUCAUCCAUAUUAUACAAAUAACUCAGGUAUACCAUCUUAUUCAUCAUCAAGUACAUCUUCAUCAAAUUCUUCCGCGACACUUGCUUCAUCAACAAAUGAAAAUGAACCUGGCGAUUUUCUUAUUGGUUAUGGUGCAUUUGGAGUUAUAUGGGCGGUUACUGAUCCACGAACAAGUCGACGUGUUGCAUUAAAAAAGAUGCCUAAUGUUUUUCAAUCAGUUGUUGCCGCUCGACGAGCUUUUCGUGAAAUAAAAAUGUUAUGCACAUUUCGACAUGAUAAUAUUCUACAAGCUGUUGAUAUUCUUCAACCACCUAGUCAAAUAGAUUUAUUUAAUGAAGUGUAUAUUUUAACGGAAUUAAUGCAAAUUGAUUUACACAAAAUUAUUGUUUCACAACAACCUUUGUCAGUUGAUCAUUGUAAAGUUUUUCUUUAUCAAAUACUUCGAGGACUUAAAUUUCUUCAUUCGGCCGGAGUUAUUCAUCGAGAUUUAAAACCUGGAAAUCUUUUAGUCAAUAGUGAUUGUUUGUUAAAGAUUUGUGAUUUUGGUUUAGCCCGUACCGAAGAACUUGAUAAAACAAAAUGUAUGACACAAGAAGUUGUUACACAAUAUUAUCGUGCACCUGAAUUAUUACUUGGUGCUCAUCAUUAUUCCUAUGCUAUUGAUGUAUGGAGUGUUGGUUGUAUAUUUGCUGAAUUACUUGGUCGAAGAAUUUUAUUUCAAGCAUCAUCACCACUUAAACAACUUGAUUUAAUAAUUAAUUUACUUGGUAGUCCACCAUUAGAUGAAAUAUCUACAGCAUGUGAUGGUGCUAAAUCUUAUAUAUUAUCAAAAACUUGGCGUGCUGCUAAAGUUAAUAUGCUUUAUUCUCUGUCAAAAAAUGUAACUCACGAAGCUGUACAACUUUUAUUACGAAUGUUAACAUGGGAUCCGAAAAAAAGAAUAACCAUACAUCAAGCACUUGAAAAUAAUUAUAUUCAUGAAGGACGUAUUCGUUAUCAUUCAUGUAUGUGUCGUUGUUGUUUUUCGACACCAAAUGGACGACAAUAUACAGUUAAUCUUGAACCUGUACGUGGUUUUCGAUAUGAUGAUUCAGAUGAAAAUUUUUGUAGUAUGCGACAAGCAAAAGAAUAUAUGCAUAAAUUAUUAACGGAAUUCAGUCAAGCUAAUACUGUACCUCUUAGGCUUAAUCAUGAUUCACCAUUAUAUAAAACAUUUGCUACAUCACAAGUCGCACAAGCUCAUGAACUACCGCCAUCGCCUGUUGCUUGGGAUAAGCUUUGA